GGCCGUCCACCACGAGGGCUGGAUGGUGCGCUACGGCCGGCGCAAGAUCGGCCGGUCCUUCUUCCACACCAGAUACUUCGUGCUCGAGUCCAAGCUGCUCGCAUACUACAAGAAGAAGCCCAAGGACAGCAUGGUGCCGCUAAAGUCACUUCUAAUCGACGGGAAUUGCAGGGUGGAGGAUAGAGGACUGAAAACACAUCACGGGCAGAUGAUUUAUGUCCUUUGCGUUUAUAACAAGAAAGAAAAGGAGCACCAAAUCACGAUGGGUGCGUAUGACAUUGAAGACGCACUGGCUUGGAAAAAGAAGAUAGAGCAGAUAAUCGAUCAGCAGCAAGACUCUAUGGCAGACAAAAACCGUAAGGCCUUUGCUUCGAUGGACUUCGAUACGGAACUUGGAGGGCAGUUUGCAUUCUCAGAUCAUGACAGCGCAGCUGAAGAAGAAGAGGAGCGGCCCAUUUUGACUCGUAGGACGACUAUAGGGAAUGGUCCCCCCGAAUCGAUACGCGACUGGACCAAUGAGCCUGAUAUUGGGUCAAAUCAGAAUGAGCCGAGUCAAUUUUCUUCCAAGAAGAAUUGGCGGCUGCUUCGAUGCCAAAAUGGACUUCGCAUCUUCGAAGAACUUCUUGAAGUCGAUUACCUUGCAAGAAGCUGUAGCCGUGCUAUGAGGGCUGUCGGGGUAGUGGAAGCAACAUGUGAAGCUAUUUUUGGUCUAGUGAUGAGCAUGGACGUGACAAGAUAUGAGUGGGACUGUAGCUUUCGCUACGGAAGUUUAGUUGAAGAGGUGGAUGGCCACACUGCAAUAAUCUAUCACAAGUUGCAGCUGCACUGGUGUCCAAUGCUAGUUUGGCCCAGGGAUCUUUGUUAUGUCCGCUACUGGCGGCGGAAUGAUGAUGGAAGCUAUGUUGUUCUGUUUCGAUCUGUCGACCAUCCUAACUGUGGCCGGCAAAGAGGGUAUGUGAGGGCUUUCAUCGAAAGUGGUGGGUUCAAGAUUACUCCUCUCAAGUGUCGCAACGGACGGCCCCGUACCCAGGUCCAACACCUUAUGCAGAUUGAUCUGAAAGGAUGGUUCCUCAACUACUCCGCUUCCUUUCAGUACCAUACUUUGCUGCAAAUACAGAACUGUGUUGCCGGCCUGCGCGAGUACUUCUCACAGACAGAUGAAUGCCAUAUAGCUCCAAGGAUUCCUGUGAUGGAGAAAAUGUUCGAUCCAUCGGCAGAUCAGAAAAACCCGCAGCCUCGUGCAAUCGACAAGAUUAAACCAUUAGAUAAAGACCAAAAAGAUGGUAGAAACAUGUCAAUCAUCGAGGAAGAAUCCGAUGAGGACGAUGACUACCAAGUUCCUGAAGCUAACAUAGAGGAUGACUCCAACAAAUCUGACAACGACGCUAAGCCAGAAGAACCUCCAGAAAAGAUUGAUUUAUCGUGCUUUUCGGGCGUCCUUCAUCGUGAUCCGGAUGAGAAAACCCGCAACUGUUGGACAGUACCUGAUAGCACCCUCUUUAAAGUUCGCAGCAAGAACUUCCCCACUGAUAAAUCGAAGAUACCUGCAGCAAGUUACCUCAUGGAGCUCGCUGCGAUCGACUGGUUUAAGGACACCAAGCGUAUGGACAAUGUUGGCAGGCAGAAAGGCUGUGUUGCUCAGCUUGCUGCUGAGAAAGGGAUGCACACAUUUGUUGCCAACAUACAAAUUCCUGGAUCGACCCAUUACAGCAUAGUGAUGUAUUUCGUCACAAAUACCAUGAAAAAGGGAUCGUUGCUGCAACGUUUCUUCGACGGUGAUGAUGAAUUCCGCAAUAGUAGACUGAAGCUUAUACCGGCCGUUCCGAAGGGUUCUUGGAUAGUGCGGCAAAGUGUCGGAAGCACCCCUUGUUUGCUGGGAAAGGCCGUCGACUGCAGCUACAUACGUGCCCCGGGGUACUUGGAAGUGGAUGUUGACAUCGGUUCUUCCGCGGUAGCCAAUGGGGUUCUGGGGCUGGUGUUUGGUGUUGUCACAACAUUGGUAGUUGACAUGGCCUUCCUAAUACAGGCGAACACGUACGAGGAGCUCCCGGAGCAGGUGAUCGGCGCUGCUCGGCUGGCUCACGUCGAACCAGCGGCAGCAAUAGUUCCUGACCUUGAUAAUACCAACAGCGACAGUAAAGAUAGCAACAACGACGACAACAUCACCAACAACAACAGCACUAACAACAACAACGCGACUUCCUCAGAGGACGAUUCGUCCAAGAAAACCAACUGAUUCCGUCGGUGUGCGUGCGUGAAGAUUAAUUUGUUGAUUCUUUUUCGUUUCUUCUUUCCUCUUCCAUUAGUCACUCGAGCACUGCACCAACUCGCAGCCCGGUCUUGAGUUCAGAACCUGAGGCAGUGUUGAUUUUGUUCAUUCUUUUAUUCGUUACAAUUCAUUUUUUCUUUUCAACUUCAUUUUCGGUGUCUGGAAGCACUUGGAUGUAAAUUACGCGCGCGCAGAAUCCAGAUUGAUAUACGCGCUCCGCUUCCUUACACUUUUACAAGGUAUAUAUUUGUUAAUAUAUGUAUGAUCCAAUAGGUGACAUUCAGGUUAAAUUGUUACAUACUACAGACUUCAGAGUAUAUCAUAUAUAUGUAAACAUUACUCUGUUUCGAAGCAAAGGAACCAUUUUGUUC